UCUCGGCGGCCAGCGCUCGGGACCUCUGCCUUCCCCAGCGCCACGCUGCUCUCCAUCCCUCCUGCGCUGAAGCAGCAUCUUCAAGAACUGGAAAAACGUAAGCCUGAUCAUUCCAGAGCCAAACAUUCCCCAGCCGCUGAAAUGCCUGUUGCUUCUACCAACUCCGAGACAGCCAUGCAACAAGUCUUGGACAACCUGAGCGACCUCCCGAACUCCAUGGGAGCAGGUGAUCUGGACCUCAUCUUUCUCCGUGGCCUCAUGGAGAGUCCAAUAGUAAGAUCAUUGGCUAAGGCUCAUGAGCGUCUGGAGGAAACAAAGCUGGAAGCCGUGAGAGACAAUAAUUUGGAGUUGGUCCAGGAGAUACUCAAAGACAUCUCGCGGAUUGCUCAGCAAGACAGCACAGCAGCUGAAUUGUCUCGCAUCCUGCAGGAGCCUCACUUCCAGUCCCUCCUGGAGACCCACGAUUCUGUUGCUUCAAAGAGCUAUGAGACUCCACCGCCCAGUCCUGUGCUGGACCCCCUGUUCAACAACCAGCCAGUACCACCGGAUGCUGUGCGCAUGGUGGGAAUUCGGAAGACUGCUGGGGAACACCUGGGUGUGACAUUCCGGGUGGAACGAGGCGAGUUGGUCAUUGCCCGUAUCCUGCACGGUGGCAUGAUUGACCAGCAGGGGCUGCUACAUGUGGGUGACAUCAUCAAGGAGGUGAAUGGGCAGGAGGUGGGCAGUGACCCACGGGCACUUCAGGAGGUGCUAAAGAACGCCAGUGGAAGUGUCGUACUCAAGAUUCUGCCGAGCUAUCAGGAGCCGCACCCACCACGCCAGGUCUUUGUGAAAGCCCACUUUGACUAUGACCCGGCUACCGACAACCUCAUUCCUUGCAAAGAGGCUGGAUUGAAAUUUAUUGCUGGGGACCUUCUUCAGAUUGUCAACCAGGAUGACCCCAACUGGUGGCAGGCCUGCCACGUGGAGGGCGGAAGUGCGGGGCUCAUACCCAGCCAGCUGCUGGAGGAGAAGCGCAAGGCUUUUGUGAAGCGUGAUCUUGAAGUCACACCAUCAUCAGGUGCCUUGUGUGGAAGCCUCAGUGGGAAGAAGAAAAAGAGGAUGAUGUAUCUGACCACAAAGAAUGCAGAGUUUGACCGCCACGAACUCUUGAUCUAUGAGGAGGUGGCACGCAUGCCUCCAUUCCGUAGGAAAACGUUGGUGCUGAUUGGUGCGCAGGGGGUUGGCCGGCGCAGUCUUAAGAACAAGCUGAUCAUGUCUGACCAGUCUCAGUAUGGAACCACCAUCCCAUACACUUCCCGAAGGCCCAAGGAGCACGAGCAAACAGGGCAGGUGUAUUGCUUUGUGACUAGGAAUGAGAUGGAAGCAGACAUCAAAGGAGGUCGCUACCUGGAGCAUGGCGAGUAUGAGGGGAACCUGUAUGGGACCAAGAUUGACUCUAUCCAUGAAAUUGUAGAGUCUGGCAAGAUGUGCAUUCUGGAUGUCAACCCACAAGCUGUGAAGGUUUUGAGGACUGCUGAGUUUGUACCCUAUGUGGUAUUCAUCGAAGCACCAGAUUUUGAGACACUACGUGCCAUAAACAAAGCAGCUCUGGAGAGUGGCGUGGCUACCAAGCAACUGACGGACGCCGACCUGAAGCGGACGGUGGAUGAGAGCUGCCGGAUCCAGCGGGGCUAUGGGCAUUACUUCGACCUCUGCUUAGUCAAUGACAACAUGGAACGGACAUUCCAACAGCUGCAACAGGCCUUGGAGAAGCUGCACAGUGAACCACAGUGGGUUCCUGUCAGCUGGGUAUACUAGAAGGGCCUGCCUGCUUCUCCCCUUCUGCCCCAAGCCACAGGAGACCUUGGCUUUCCCCAUCUCCCCACUUGGCCAAGGAACCCAGACUUUUCACCUGCUCCCCAGCAAGUCUCCUACUUUGCAACCUGUCUCUUGUCAACACAGGCUCACAGAGGUCCAGCCAAUUACACCGGAGCAAAGUUGGCUUUGUUAGAUUUUCUUUUUCCAGGAAGGUGCUUCCUCUAUUCAUUCCAAAAAGAACCCCUCCAGCUAACCAAGAACUAUUUUUUACUGCCACAGAUAGGUGGAUGUUCUUUGUCCUCCCCCCGCAUCAGAAACAAUGGGAUGUCCUGUAGUGAAGAAUUGAGUGAGCGGGGCUAACAAGUACCCACAAUGCCUUGCAACAUCUCAUUGGGAUGAUUUUUGGUAACUGACUGGCCUGAAUUGGGAAAAUGGCAUCUCUCUGACCACAGCUAACUCACUGCCAAAAACUCUGCUUUAUAGAUAGAUCCUCUCUUGAUAUUGCCAAAAGAACUGCUGGCCUGUGUUUCUUUCCCACUAAAAAAACUGAAAAGAAGCGUUGCUUCCGCAUAGGUUUGGUCUGUCUGUGCAAUACCACCACAAGACUUUUUUUAGUGGGAUAUUAAAGGGAAACUGGCAGCACAUCCUUACAUAGUUUGUGAGCCCUUGUGAAUGAAAAUGGAACGAGAUGACCUUAUGAUAGGAGCAUUGGUCUGGACUCUAAAGCCAACCAGGUCACCUGAACACUAUGACUGCAAAUAGCAACCUUAGCUUCAGUAUUGCUGUCACUA